UAAACAAAUGCAUCUGUUGUUAAAUGUUCUUUUUUAAAUGCUACCUCACGGAUUUAUUGUAUAUGAUGACUCUGUACCUGUGGAUAUGGUGAGAUGAGAAACAUUUUUAAGUAAUGCUUAAAAAAACUGACGCUGUCCAAGUGCUGAACCUUGUGGAGAGCCGUUUGUAAAUUCUUUAUCUCCUGUUUGUUACAAAUAAAGUAUCUUUACAGUACAAACCUUUUCUUACAUACUUGUAAAUAAUUUUUUGAUGAUAUUGGAAAGCCAUACAUUUAAAGCAAUUAAAAGCCUGCUUUUUUACUUCCAUGACUAAAAGUAAAUGGGUUUUAAAGGUUUCAAUGAAAAUAUAAGAAUUUUAAUACAAGUGAAAAACAAAACAAUUAUUUAACAUCAAUCUUAAACAAUCUUCUUCCUCCGCUUAGUUUUUCAGUUUACAAAGUCUGUCAUCUAAAUAGGGAUUAGACAUAGCGCCAGUGCAACAGGCUUUUUAAGGGGAUGAGAGCUGAGUCUCUCAUUGGUUUAUUGCACGUUACACCCAAAAUACUCCCAUUACUCAUUAAAAAAAAAUAGGACCAACCCUUUUCGACCAUGCGCUCGGUGCACAAACCAUUUUUCCCGUCGUUAAAUUAGCAAAAGUGCAUUCGGACACGCCCAUUUAGAUGUUGCACUGUGCACUUUAGACAAUGGGCUUAGAUCGUUAAAAUAGGGUCCAAAAGUGUCUCUUACUUUACACUGAUAUGAUUUUAAUUUUUGUUUUUGUUCUCUCAUGUUUUCAGCUCGUCUGCCCGUUCCUUUCAUCAGCAGAGAUUGUACAAAAAACUUUUUAUCAGUCUCAAAAUGUGUGUUGUUGUGUUCAGUGAAUGUGACAGAUGUGAGAGAUGUGAGUCUGUCCUGGUAUAAAGGAAACAGUUUAUUGUCCAGCAUCAGUGUGUCUGAUCUCAACAUCAGACUCUCUCUACCUCUGGAGGUUGAAUAUCAGGAUACAAACACAUACAGCUGUGUACUCAACAAUCCCAUCACAAACCAAACUCAACAUCUCAACAACACUCAACUCAGUCAGCCGUGUUUAGAUACAACAGCUCUCACCUUCAUUGUGAUCUGUUGUGUUUUUGAUGGAUCUCUGAUGAUUGUCACCUCAGUUCUGAUCUUCUGGAUCUGUAGGAAACUCAGAAACACACAGCAACAGGUUCAAACCAGAGAAGAGGAAAUCACUUAUGCAGAUCCAACAUUCUAUAAAAGAGCAGCAAAUAAACCGAGAGAUCUGCAGUAGAGGAUGAUGUGGUGUAUACAUGAGUCAAGAGACGAUAAACAAACUCUCUGUGAUUCUCAGAUCAACAUUCAGCUGUUUAAUCAUCUUCACUUUCAGUUAUAACUUUACAUAAAGCGCUUAUUACAUUUAAGAUGUCUGUGUUCUCUCUCACUUCAAGAUUUGUUGCUUCUCCACUGAAUUCUCAAGCAUAAUACACGCUAACAAACGCUAUAAUGCAAGCAUAUAUCAACAAUAUUUCACCAUGUUUUAAAUAAUGUUUAUAGACAACAGUUUAAAGAAAGACAGAACUGUACAUUAUCAGAAACAACUAAAGUAUUUGAUUUUAAAACACAAACCAUGUCUAUUGUUUUAUUUUUCUAACUGAAUGCAUCUGACACAUUAACAGGUUCAUUCAGGUUCAAGUGAUGCCUGAUGUGGAAAGAAAUGUGGUUUUGUUAUACUGGUGGACGUGAAAUGUGCGUUUUUAUUUAACUGUUUGUGGUUAAUGUGUAUAUGUGUGUGCAUGUGAGAGGCAUAAACAGUGUGUUUCUGUAAAUACUGUGUGACUUUUUCACUGUACACAAAGCAUUUGAAUUCACCCAUGCUAAUGUUUAACAAAUAAAAGAUUGCUUUAAAUCAAACCGUACUGUUACAGUCGUAUGCAAAAGUUUAAGAACCCCUGACAAUUUCCAUGAUUUUCAUUUAUAAAUAUUUGGGUGUUUAGAUUAGAUUUUUUUUUAAUUGGC